AUGAAUGACAUUGACAUAUCGGCGCUCCUGCCUUCGAUGGACAAUUUUGUGUACCUCUAUGAGUUGCUGGCCUUUCCUAUCUCCACCUACUACAUGAUUGCCGCGCUCUCCUACAUGGCUAUGGGAGCCCUUGAGUGCAUAAUCAUUAAACACACCAAAUUCAUCUCCUCAGCCACUGUGAUGACCUACCUGAUCGGCACAAUUGUUGCCUUCAAUCAGGUCAUCUUGAAUCAGCACUCCGAGUGCCAGGACACUGCAAUCUCCUAUGUUUUUGGGGCUAUCUGUCUUGCCAACCUCCUCUACCUCUUCGUUUGCACCGUUUUUACAAAAGAUAGCUACAUGUUAGUAUUGGCUCACGUCUCUCUGCUAUUCUACUUCGUCUACAUUUAUGCAAUUCACAAUGAGGCCAACAAACUCCUUAAUGUGGCUGAUUUUAUGGCUGCUUUGCAAAUGUGUGCCACUAUGGUGCAGAAUGUAAUACCGUUGGAGUCAAUCAUAGCCUCAUUGUGUAAGAACAGCAAUAGAACACCUACACAUUGGUUAGCUCUCUACAUUGGACUGACUUAUUGCCUCACCGGUGGACUGUAUCGUCAUCAGAAUGGGGAGACUGUCAUGGGCUCAGUCGAUGCGUUGGGCAUCUCAGUCCACCUCUUUGGACUGGCUGUGGCAAUUUAUCAUAGCCUCUGUUUGUAA